GUCGAUGGUGGAGAUGUUCGGACGAUCGAUACGCUGCUGAGGUGCAUGUGUCGCCAUUGGGUGAUGACUGGCAUAUUAGCUUAGUUUUCUCACAUAAUAGCAUAGACGGACGAAAUGCCUUCGCGAUGCUCGAGUUGUUCCUUGAGUUUCUAAAGCAAGAGUUGGAUAACGAGUCGAGUCCUAGCCCCAUUUUCGAUUGGGGAUACGAGGUCGUUAAGCUUCCGCCACCUGGAGCGUUUGUCAAAACUGUCGUAGAGAGUGGAACCCCUCCUGACAUUUCUUCUUAUGAUUCUAAUGCCCAGAAGGACGGAGGUUCGGGACCUUCGCCUAUAAUUCCUUGGACGUUCAUGCCUCGUCCAACAAGCGAAACAGGCGACGUAACUCGCCUCGUCCAAUUUUCACAGGAAACCACAACAAAACUCCAUGCGCUCUGUCAGAAGAAAGGAAGGACAAUCACCUUACGCAGCUAAACACGGGUUUGAGAGAUUUGAUGAAGUUUUUGGAGCGUUUAGGAAUGCGACGGAUUAUCCCAUCCC